GAGCACCGGAGCGGGCGGAAUGGAGCGCACCGGGGUGUCCGCGCUGCUGCUCCUGCUGCUGGGAGCUACCGCGGCCGCGGCGCCGGCGGGAGCGGGCCCCGGCCCCGGGGCCGAGCGGAGGGCGGCGGGCAAGGAGCGGCGGGCGCAGUUCGCGUCCUGGGACGAGGUGAACGUGAUCGCCCACGGGCUCCUGCAGCUCGGGCACGGCCUCAAGGAGCACGUGGACCGCACCAAGGGGCAGAUGCGGGAGCUCGGCAGCCGCCUGAGCGCCCAUAACAGCUCCCUAGGGCGGCUGCUGCGGCAGGCGCGGGAUGCGCAGGAGCAGGGCGAGCGCCUGCGGGACAGCGUGCGGGAGCUGGAGGGCCGCGGCCGGCAGCUCCUGAACCUCUCCGAGGCUUUGCGGCAGCGCCUGGAGGAGGUGGCGGCUGAUAAAGCCGAGAUCCAGGGGCGGCUGGAGCAGAUCGAGGGGCGCCUCCGGCUGGCGCUGCAGGCGAGGCCGGCCGGGAACCAGAGCGCCAGGGACCUGGGAGCGCUGCAGUCCCUGAUGGAUGCUCAGAACCUGCGGAUCGAGGAGCUCCUGCAGAAGAUCAAGCAGCAGCAGUACAAGCUGGACAAGCAGAAUCUGCAGAUUAAGAGCCUGCAGAGCAAGGUCAAUCUCCUGAUCCCCUUCCACCUGAAGGCCAACAAAACGCAGGCUCCAAAGUGGAAGAUAAACCCGAAGAGCUUCAGCCUCCUGAACCAGAGCCACAACACCAGCAGGGAGCCCGUGCUGCUGCACAGGCUCCCGCAGGAUUGCCACCAGCUCUUCCUGGCCGGGCAGCAGAGCAGUGGCGUUUUCCAAGUGCAGCCCGCAGGGUCCCAGCCCUUCAAGGUCUACUGUGACAUGACCACAGAAGGUGGCUGGACCGUGAUCCAGAGGCGCACAGACGGCUCCGUGGACUUCGACCAGCUUUGGGAUGCCUACAAGAACGGCUUUGGAGACCUUCGAGGUGACUUCUGGCUGGGGCUGGAGAAGAUGCAUCGCCUCGUCCAGGAGGGCAGAUUCAAUCUCCUGAUCGAGCUGGAAGACUGGGAGGGGAAUUCGCAGGCGAUUCAGUUUGUGUUCAGCCUCGGGGGCGAGAGCACAGCCUACACCCUCAGCCUGCUGGGACCCCUCUCCGGAGAGCUGGAAAACGCCAUCGGGGACUUCAGGCAGCUGCCGUUCUCCACGCGGGAUCGGGACCACGACCUCAAAGCUGACACAAACUGCGCCAAGCACCUCUCAGGGGGCUGGUGGUUCAGCACGUGCGGCCAUGCCAACCUCAACGGGAAGUAUUUCCGCUCCAUCCCGCGCCAGAGGCACGAGCGCAAGCAGGGAAUCUUCUGGAAGACCUGGAAGGGCCGGUACUACCCCCUCAAGGCAACCACCAUGAAAAUCCAGCCCGCGGCGCCGGAGGCAGAGCCCUGAAGCUGCCACUUGAGACUUCUGACCUUCUCUGCAGAGCAGACCUGAGCUCCAUCACUUGGUGUUUACAGCAACCGGCCCCAUCCUGCCCAGGGAAGGCCCCUGAGGAGGGUUCCUCUUGGUUCACAGCCAACCCAGCUCCUGGCUAGAAGUGAAGCAGCUCCAUGUCGCUGAAGCCCCGGGAUGGGAGCUCCCAAAGCAGAAGAGGAGGCACCAGCAGGGAGAUGGACCUCCAGAGAUGCACAAGGGCCUUGACCCUGCUGUGGCGAGCUGCCUGGUGC